CCGCCGCGCCUUGUGCUUCCGCGGGCUGCGGGGUCGCUGGGGCCUCGUGGCGGGCCCACGCCGGCGCCUGCCCCCGCGCCGCGCUCGAGCCGGAGGUCCGGGGCGACGAGAAGGACGAAUGUCAUCAUGUCUGGAGUCAAGCGAACAAUCAAAGAGACAGACCCUGAUUAUGAGGACAUAUCCGUGGACCUUCCGAACAAGCGGCACAAGGCCAUCGAGAAUUCAGCUCGAGAUGCUGCUGUCCAAAAGAUUGAGACUAUUAUCAAGGAACAGUUUGCACUUGAAAUGAAGAAUAAAGAACAUGAAAUUGAAGUCAUUGAUCAGCGGCUGAUUGAGGCAAGAAGGAUGAUGGAUAAACUUCGUGCCUGCAUUGUUGCAAACUACUAUGCUUCUGCUGGGCUUCUAAAAGUUUCUGAGGGAUCAAAGACCUAUGACACAAUGGUUUUUAAUCAUCCUGCUAUCAAGAAGUUUUUGGAAUCCCCAUCUAGGUCAUCAUCUCCAGCCAAUCAGAGAUCAGAAACUCCGUCUGCCAAUCACUCAGAAAGCGAUUCUCUGUCUCAGCACAAUGACUUCUUAUCUGACAAAGACAACAGCAGCAGUUUGGAUAUUGAAGAAAGACUCUCCAACAACAUGGAGCAGAGAUCCAGCCGAAACCCUGGAAGGGACCCUUCUAGUAUUCCUGGCUCCCAUAAGACAGAGCAGCGAAAUGCUGAUCUCACAGGAGAUGAGACUUCACGACUUUUUAUAAAGAAAACAAUAGUAGUGGGCAAUGUGUCCAAGUACAUACCUCCUGAUAAGAGAGAAGAAAAUGACCAGUCAACUCAUAAGUGGAUGGUAUAUGUUCGAGGAUCUCGUAGAGAACCCAGCAUCAAUCAUUUUGUCAAGAAAGUUUGGUUCUUCCUUCAUCCCAGCUAUAAACCAAAUGACCUCGUGGAAGUUAGAGAGCCUCCUUUCCACCUGACGCGAAGAGGCUGGGGUGAGUUUCCCGUCAGAGUCCAAGUUCACUUUAAGGACAGCCAGAACAAGCGGAUAGAUAUCAUUCAUAAUCUGAAGCUGGAUAGAACUUACACCGGCCUGCAGACUCUGGGCGCAGAAACGGUGGUGGACGUCGAGCUGCACCGGCAUUCUCUGGGGGAGGACUCUGCCUGCCCUGCAUCCUCCGAGUCGGAUGUCUCUGAUGCCCCCCCGGCGUUGCCCCUGACCAUCCCGGCCCCCGUGAAAGCAUCCUCUCCCAUCAAGCCCUCCCAUGAGCCAGGACCUGACGCCUCCGUGGAGAAAGCAGGAUUCCCAGCCAACACGGAAACUGAGCGGCACGCUACGUUUUACUCAUUGCCGUCCUCCUUGGAACGAACGCCUACCAAAAUAACAACGUCCCAGAAAGUCACCUUUUGUUCCCAUGGCAAUUCAGCUUUUCAGCCAAUAGCAUCAAGCUGCAAAAUUGUACCUCAGAGUCAGGUUUCGAACCCUGAGUCACCAGGGAAAUCCUUCCAGCCCAUCACCAUGAGCUGCAAGAUUGUUUCUGGUUCUCCUAUAUCGACUCCGAGUCCUUCUCCGCUGCCUCGAACGCCGACUUCUACUCCCGUCCAUGUGAAGCAGGGCGCUACCAGCUCUGUCAUUAAUAACCCGUAUGUUAUCCUGGACAAGCCAGGGCAGGUGAUUGGCACCACCACUCCCACUGCAGGGAGUCCGACAGGCAAACUCUCCGCAGCUUCUCAGGCCUCCCAGCAAACGGCGUCCCCCGUUCCGAAAAUCCACGGAAGCAGUUUUGUCACGUCGACAGUUCAGCAGGAGGAUUCUUUGUUUGCGUCUAUGCCACCUCUCUGCCCCAUUGGGAGUCACCCGAAGGUUCAGAGUCCCAAACCUAUAACUGGAGGACUUGGAGCUUUCACAAAAGUAAUCAUCAAACAGGAGCCUGGGGAGACCACUCACGUCCCCACGACAGGAGCGGCCAGCCAGUCACCACUCCCUCAGUAUGUCACUGUGAAAGGGGGUCACAUGAUCGCCGUGUCCCCUCAGAAACAGGUUGUGACUGCCGGAGAAGGGGCUGCCCAGUCGCCAAAGAUCCAGCCCUCCAAGGUUGUUGGGGUGCCCGUUGGGUCUGCUCUACCAUCGGCAGUCAAACAGGCCGUGGCCAUCAGUGGCGGCCAGAUCCUCGUGGCCAAGGCCAGCUCUUCUGUCACCAAAGCAGUUGGUCCCAAGCAAGUUGUGACCCAAGGAGUGGCCAAGGCAAUUGUGAGUGGAGGCGGAGGAACCAUUGUCGCCCAGCCGGUGCAGACCUUAACCAAGGCUCAGGUCACUACCACCGGCCCUCCGAAAAGUGGACCCCAGGGCUCAGUGAUGGCAACACUGCAGCUGCCCGCCACCAAUUUGGCCAACUUGGCGAACUUACCUCCGGGCACCAAGCUCUACCUGACGACGAACAGCAAGAACCCUUCUGGGAAAGGAAAGCUGCUGCUCAUCCCGCAAGGCGCCAUCCUGCGAGCCACCAACAGUGCCAACCUGCAGUCUGGCACAGUGGCGGGUGCUGGAGGUGGCGGCGGUGCCGGCGCCGGCGCUGCGGGAGGAGCAACGGCUGGAGGAGCAGCGGCCGGAGGAGGAGCAGCCACCGCGGGGAGUGGCGGGACCCAGAACCCUGCUGGUCCUGGCGGCAUUUCCCAGCACCUCACAUACACCUCGUACAUCCUCAAGCAAACCCCUCAGGGCACCUUUUUAGUUGGUCAGCCAUCAUCCCAGACCUCUGGAAAACAGCUGACGUCUGGGUCAGUGGUCCAGGGAACCCUGGGGGUCAGCACAACUUCUACCCAAGGACAACAAACAUUGAAAGUUAUCUCUGGACAAAAAACGACGCUGUUUACCCAGGGAUUACUCCUGACUCUGUGCUCAGGGACUACUUGCAGGGUUCGUGAACCAUAUGGGCCGCUGGGGAUUGAACCUGGGUCAGCCGCUUGCAAGGCAACUCCCGGAGGACAGGCGUCUCUGAUGAAAAUAUCCGAUAGCACCUUGAAGACCGUGCCGGCCACCUCUCAGCUCUCAAAGCCUGGCACCACCAUGCUGAGGGUCGCGGGAGGGGUCAUCACCGCCGCCACCUCGCCCGCUGUGGCCCUCUCAGCCAAUGGUCCUGCACAACAGUCAGAAGGAGUGGCACCCAGCUCAUCGACUGUUGGUUCUGUCGUGAAAACUUCUGGGCAGCAGCAAGUGUGUGUGAGCCAGGCCACCAUGGGAACCUGCAAAGUCACUGCCCCCUCUGUCAUAAGUGCUACAUCCCUGGUGUCCACGGCCAACCCCAUUUCAGGAAAAGCUACAGUAUCAGGAUUGCUAAAGAUUCACUCCAGCCAGUCCAGUCCCCAGCAGGCUGUCCUGACCCUCCCCAGCCAGCUCCGGCCACUCAGCGUCAAUACAUCUGGAGGCGUGCAGACCAUCCUGAUGCCCGUCAAUAAGGUGGUGCAGUCAUUUUCUGCCAACAAGUCACCUGCCAUUCUGCCUGUCGCUGCAGCCCCGACUCCGGUUGUUCCCAGCUCUGUUCCGGCAACUGUUGCCAAGGUGAAGACAGAACCAGAAACGCCAGGGCCCAGCUGCCUCUCUCCGGAGGGACAGGCGGCAGUGAAAACGGAAGAGAGCUCGGAGCUGGGCAGCUAUGUCAUCAAGAUAGACCAUUUAGAGACUAUUCAGCAGCUCUUAACUGCAGUAGUAAAGAAGAUUCCAUUGAUCACCGCAAAAGGUGAAGAUGCCAGCUGUUUCUCUGCAAAGUCUGUGGAGCAGUAUUAUGGCUGGAACAUUGGGAAAAGGAGAGCUGCUGAGUGGCAAAGAGCCAUGACAAUGAGGAAAGUCUUACAAGAAAUCCUGGAGAAGAAUCCCAGAUUCCACCACCUGAGCCCCCUGAAGACCAAGCACAUCGCACACUGGUGCCGCUGCCAUGGGUACACCCCGCCGGACCCCGAGAGCCUGCGGGGCGAGGGCGACUCCAUCGAGGACGUGCUGAGCCGCAUCGACAGUGAACCGGAGUGCCCGUCGUCACUGUCCUCGGCCGACAGCCUCUGCCGGAAGCUCGAGGACCUGCAGCAGUUCCAGAAAAGGGAGCCCGAGACGGAGGAGGAGGUGGACAUCCUCAACCUCUCUGAGCCGCUGAAAGUCAACAUCAAGAAAGAGCAGGAGGAGAAGCAGGAGGAAAUGAAAUUCUACCUGCCCCCAACCCCGGGGUCUGAAUUUAUCGGAGACAUCACACAGAAGAUCGGGAUCACCCUGCAGCCUGUGGCGCUCCACAAGAACGUGUACGCGUCGGUCAUCGAGGACAUGAUUUUAAAGGCCACAGAGCAGCUGGUGAGUGACAUCCUGAGACAGGCCUUGGCCGUUGGGUACCAGGCCGCGUCACACAACAGGUACCGCAUCACUCCGGGCGGGGUCCCCAAGGAGAUCACAGUGAGUAACAUUCACCAGGCCAUCUGCAACAUUCCUUUCCUGGACUUCCUGACAAACAAGCACAUGGGGUUACUGAACGAGGACCAGUGAGCCUCGGCAUGACGGAAGCCGGCCCGGGCUCUGGACCGCCACAGCUCCUCCUUCUCAGGGAAGGAGCCACCUUCCCGAGUGCCGCUGAGCAUCACGGCUCCCAAACCGUUUCUUCCACCUCACUGGCUCAGCAGGACACGUGUCCGGUCCCAGGUCGGACGCCACUGCAGGACGGAAGUUUGGUUCCUGAUUGUGGCCAGCUUGUGUCCCUCCGCUCUGGAAGGCUCUGAGUGACUGCUCAGCCCGGCUGGCACCUUCCUCCUGCUCUGGAGGCAGAAGGUGAGCCUGGCUGGCUAGAGACAGGACCCAGUCUGUGGGCAGGGUGAUCCAGUGGUGACCCAGAACCUCUGGAGAGGGGUUGGGCAUCAGAACUCAGCCGGUGGCCACGGUGUGACGGGUGUCCCAGUCCACAGAGGCCGCCGGACAGCCAGAAUUCAUUCUUGGUGGAGCCCAAGAGCAUCGCUACCCCGCGUCUCGGCAUGAUUGAGAGGCUGACCGAGCCUGCCCGGGUCAGGAAAAGGAUUCCCGGCAUGACCCGAGAAGCGUCCGUCGUGUCGGAAUGGCCGUAGGGAGCACCUCUCGGAUUUAGGGUUCCGUCUUCUGUCACCGUUUUUUCCCCCCAAGAAGAAAAGUGUUUCCGCAGAAGCACUUGUGAGUGCCUUAAAGGUAGAGAAAGGACUGGCGAGGAGCAGGGCGCAGAAGGGCUGCCAAGCCCGCAGGACGCCCGCCCUCCUUCCCCAGCAGCGCAAGGAAAGCAGCGGGAGUGUGCUCGGAGUCGGAAGCCGUGGGCUGGGCAGUGUCUGAGCCACUGGGCUCGGAGUCCAGGCUAGGCUGGGGACCCACAACGCCCACCGCCCUUCCUCCUUUGCCCGAGGACAGGUGCAGGGGUGGGGGCCUGCGAGGCCCCGACAGGUCAGUAGGAAGAGGGGCAGCAGGUGGCAGCCGCGUCCUUCCAGGGACUGUGACCGAGCGCGACUGAGGGAAGAUUGAUCCACAUGAGGACAGAUUCUUUACAGGUAUGGAAACUUGAAGACGUCCUCUUGUUGCAACAGAAAUCUUCAGUGAUUUAACCAUCCUUUUAUGUGUUAACAUUUCAAAUGUAUUUGUAUCUUAAUGUGUAACAUAAUUGUGUAACAGAAAUACCCACAAUAAAUCUUUUAGUAUUAA